GUGUUGUUACAAAACGCCUCUUCUUCAUGAGCUCAAAGUCAUUUUCUUCACAUUCACAGACGUGACAAUCAGUGCUUUCAGUCAUGAUGAGGAGCUCUGUGGUGUUUUUCCUGGCUGUCAGCUGUGCCAUGUUUGGAUUUGGCUUCUCGCUGCAGUGUUACGUCUGCCCUGAUGGCUCCUGCAACGGCACUGAAUUCAAACAGGAGUGUAACCAAGGUGUAGACAGCUGCCUCAAACUCACCAGCGGUGAAAAGAUCUACACUGGCUGUAUUAUGUACGAAGACUGUGACUUCAUGACUCUGGCCCAAAGAUAUCCCUUCUCUCAGAUCAAGUAUGAGUGCUGUCAGUCAAACCUCUGCAAUGGCCCCAAAAAAUCUGUGUUUAAGAAAUUAUUGGAUUUCAUAUUUAAUAAAUGAACAAAAAAAACA